AAUCUGUACUAUUUACAUUUUUUGGUAAAUGGUGGCAGUAAUCAAACAUGCCCCAAGACCAGCGGAUGCGGAGCACACGACUUAUCUGAUGGUCCCGCUCGUAGUGGGGGGAAAGAAAUCCACACCCAAAAAGCGGGCGAGCAAACCCGCUCCUAGUGGAAGAGGAACAGAGCCUUUGCCUCAACCCCGGCGCCCCACUCUGCCGCGGCGGCCGCCACCGAGAUGGACUACCUCAAGACGGUGGUGCCAUUGUAGCUCAUGGCCGAGCGCGGCUCCAACCUCGUCGUAGUCAUCAACCUAGCGGUUUUGUAGUGUCCCGAUCUCCUAUGAGGACGAUCAGAGCACCACAAUAACAGGAUACAAGAAAUCAGGCAGGAGACAGAGAAUUAGAGGGAGAAUCGUAAAGGAAGGGGAAGAACACGGGAGAGAGAGGAGAGGUUCAGGUGGAGAGUUUUCAUUUCACUUCUUCGAUAACAAGCGAUCAGGCUGUCUCAGUACAUAUAGCACGGCUCAUGGGCCGCAAACACACACACGCACACCGGCAACGGCCCAAGGCCUGAUAACCAGGGAACCCGAAGCAAAACAACCAGACUAACGGAGAUAAACACUACUCAUGUCUGACAUUUUCCCUCCCUUCAGUACCAGCCGGUCCCCAGGUUGGUGCAGACGGAAACCGAGACUUCAAACUGUAGUAAUCUUCCCAUGUAGACAUCUCAGGAGGCAGACCACUCCACUGUACUUGAACCUGAGUGAUGGCAGUAUCGCCUUUCUUCACCAGGUGUCUGUCCAGGAUAGUUCAGGCACCACAUCCACUGUGUCCAGAGAUGGGAAUGUAGGAAUCUUUGAAAACACAGGAGUAUGGUCAGGCACAGAAUGUUUCAGUUGCGACACAUGGAAGACUGGAUGGACUUAGCAAGAGCAGGCAGCUCCAAUUUGUAAGCAGUGUUGCCAAUCUUCUCCAGAAUCUUGUAGGGGCCGAAAUAUUUGAAUGCUAGUUUUGGGAAGGGCCUGUUAGCCACAGAGGAUUGGGCAUACGGCUGCAGCUUGAGGAAAACUGAGUCACCCAACUGAAAUUGCCUUGGUGAUCUGUUCUUAUCAGCGAAUGAUUUCAUCUUCUGCUGUGCCCUGUGCAGGUUCUCCUUAAGUGUAGCCAGGAGAAGUUGUCUGUCUUGCAGCAGAACAACAGCCUCAUAUGGGUCAUCUUCAGAGUUUGUGGGAGGUGCAGGCAAAGUUCCCGGGUUAUGAUCAACUCCAUAUAAAGAUUUGAACGGUGAGCACUUGAGGGCAGAAUGACAGCUAGAAUUGUACCACAACUCUGCAGAGGAAAGCCACUUAUGCCACUUAGUGGGUGAGUCAUGAACAGCACACCGAAGAAACAUCUCAAGACACUGAUUGAUCCUCUCGGUCUUUCCAUCUGUUUGUGGGUGGUAUGCCGAGCUCAUAAGCAGUUUGGUACCCAACAAGUUGAACAACUCUUGCCAAAAUGAUGCAGUAAAAACUUUGUCAUGAUCUGACACGAUGGUAUGUGGAACCCCAUGAAGCUUGACCACAUUGUCAAAGAAUAAUUGAACCACAGUCUUUGUAGAAUAAAGAUGUUUCAGAGGGUAGAAGUGUGCAUACUUUGUGAAUCUGUCAACUACCACCAGAAUCACUGAAUAAGAGUCAGACUUUGGCAGGCCUUCGAUAAAAUCCAUGGAGAGAUCCUUCCAGGAGUCUGCAGAAAUUGGCAGGGGCUGCAACAACCGUGGAUAUUUACAAUGUUCAUGCUUAGCCUGCUGACAAAUUUGGCACUGCUUCACAAAAGAUUACAUAUCAUGUUUGAGACCAUGCCAAUAAAAGAGCUUCUUUAUCCUCUGAUAUGUAGCCUGCACUCCUGAAUGCCCACCAAUUGCAGAAGCAUGAAAUACAGAAAUUAUCUUGGUCUGCAAGGCUGUGUUGCUGCCUACCCAGACUUGUUGUAUCUUGUAUAUCAGACCAUUUUUCAGGGAAAAGCCAUGAGAAUUGGGACUAACCACAGCCAACUCAGUAAGCAGUUGCUGAGCAUUUACAUCAGUAGCAUAUGAAUUAACCACCUCUUGCAACCAGACUGGAGUGCCACAAGAAAUUGCAGAACAUUCAAAUGCAUGUCCCACCCUAGACAAUGCAGCAGCCACCUUAUUCUCUGCCCCUUUCUUGUAUUGUAGUUUGAACUGUAGCCCAGCCAACUUAGCCAUUGCCUUCUUUUGCCAGUCAGUGGAUAGGGUUUGAUCUUGAAGAUGACAGAGGCUCCUGUGAUCAGUCCUUAUGGUGAACUGCCCUCUCUGUAGAUAGCACCUUCAUUUGUCAACAACCAUUAGAAUUGCAAUGAAUUCUUUUUCAUAUAUGGACAGCUUUUGAUUGAUGACCCCAAGUGCUUUGCUGUAAAAAGCCACAGGAUGGCCAUUCUGAGAUAGGACAGCACCCACUCCUGUGUCACAUACAUCGGUUUCUAUCUCAAAUGGUUCUUGAAAGUUUGGCAAGGACAAGACUGGUGUGGUAGACAUUGCCUGUUUUAGCUGCUCAAAGGCCAGUUGAGCUGUCUCGGACCACUGAAAGGAUUUGAGUUUCAACAGACUUGUUAGGGGUUUAGCAAUAAUACCAUAAUUGCGCACAAACUUCCUAUAAUAACCAGUGAGACCAAGAAAUCCCCUGAGCUCAGUUGCUGUGGUAGUCCAACUUGGUUUGAGCAAAGGAACACUUGCUAUAUUUGGCCACCAACUGAUGUUGCUUUAACACUUGGAACACCAGCUCGAGAUGCUCAGCAUGAGCUUCCAAAGAUGGGCUAUAGAUGAGAAUAUCAUCCAUGAACUAUAGCACAAAUUUCCUCAAGUAAGGUGCAAAUAUGGCAUUCAUGAGGCACUGAAAUGUGGCAGGGGCAUUAGUGAGCCCAAAUGGCAUGACCUUAAACUGAAAGUGCCCAUGAUGGGUUUUGAGUGCUGUUUUAUAUUCAUCACCGGGUAACAUUAUGAUCUGGUGGAACCCUGAUUUCAUGUCCAAUUUAGCAAAAUACUUAGCACCAGCAAGCUCAUCAAGCAGCACAUCUAUGAUAGGCAUUGGAAACUUGUUCUUGACAGUGAUCUCAUUGAGCUUCCUAUAAUCUACACAGAAUCUCCAUGAGCCAUCCUUUUGCUUAACCAAAAAAACUGGUGAGGCAAAUGGACUGUGCUAGGAGUGAUAAGACCAGCAGCCAACAUCUCACCCACUUGCUUCUCAAUUUCAUCUUUCUGAAGUGGUGAGUACCUAUAAGGUCUCGAGUUUACUGGGGUGGCCUGAGGAACCAAAGGGAUAGCAUGAUCAUUAAGUCUGGAUGGGGGCAAUGUCUUGGGAUCUUGAAACACUAAGGCAUAUUCAGUGAUCAGUUUCUGAAUAAUAACAGGGACAACAGGGGCUGUAGAAGUGGGAUCAUCCUCAGCAAGAGAGACAACUGCCAGUGCCCAAAUGUCAUGGCCUCUGCAAGAUUUAUAUAGCUGCGCAGCAGAUAUCUCAGAUAAAUGACAAGUGGACUGGGACCAAAUCCCCUGCAAUCUGAUCAAGGAGUAAUGAUGGGUGAACUCCACCCACUUGUCAUGCCAAUCACAAUUCAUGGGCCUAAACUGCUCCAACCAGUCCAUCCCAAGGACCAUGUCAUAAGCCCCCAAAGGUAGAACCAAGGCAUCAGCUGUGAAAGUGUGCCCCUGCACCCACCAAGAAAAAUUCUUCACAGCUUGGGAACAGAGAAUGGUCUGACCAUUUGCCACUUUAACUUCCGUAGGAGUGAUAUCAACCACAGUGCAAGAUAUCUUGUCAAGCAACCCAACAUUGAUAAAAGUAUGAGAACUCCCAGUGUCAAGCAAUUGCAGGACCACCUGAUUCCUGGCCAGGCCCCUGAACUUAGUAAGCCUGGGCUUACCACCACCAGAUAUAGCAUUUAAUGAAACAAAAAUGUCCUCAGGGUUGUACACAGAGGGAGGGGACUCUAAUAAAUCCAAGACCUCAUCAGACAAGAUAAAGCCACCAUCCCUCCAUCUUCUAUAGCAAUAUAAUUCAGGGCCGGAUUUGCAGGUUGUUUGCACUUGUGGUUUGGAACAAGUUUCUCACCACACUUGGAAGUACAGACCAUUGAGUCUCCUGAACUCUUUCAACUGUCUGGCCUUCCAGAGAUGUCUGGCCUUCCAGAGAUCACCAGUUGGUGGUUGUGUAGGAGAAUCAGCUUUGCUGGAAGAAGGACUUCUAGGAGUAGCAUGUUUGUAGUAGGGCUUUUUCUGUCGGAGUACCAACCCUUCCUGUAUGGCAGCCAAUGUGGCAGCCUUGCCAAGAGUGUUAGGGAUUUGUAACUCCACUGCUGCUCGCAACUCAUCCUUGAGACCCAGCACAAACUGUGAUAUGAGAAAUGUUUUGCUGAUUGUCUUGUCAUACAAACGGAUGUGGUAGACCAACUGCUCAAAGGAUUUUCUAUAGUCUUCCACAGAAUCAAGCUGUUUCAGAGAUAGUAGUUCCAUGAUUUUAUCCCUAUGGGUAGUGACUUCAAACUCGGCUAAGACCGCUCUGAAACUGAUCCCAACUCAGCACACCAUAAGAAUCCUCAUAGGCCUGAAACCAAUGAGCAGUGCGACCAUCCAGGUACAUAGUGGCAGCAGUAACCUUAAACCCCUCUGGAAUCUGAAACAUGGUGAAAUAAGCAAUACACUUGUCUAGCCAAAUUCUAACAUCUGUUCCAUCAAAGCGAGGAAAAUCCAACUUAGCUAACCAAGGACGCCGAGCACCAGAAUCAUCAGAAAUCCCAGCAGAACGAGAGGUAAUGGCUCCUACCAGAACAAUCUGACUACCAACCCCAGGAGCUCCAGUGGCAUCUGACACCGAAGUAUUCAGAUCAGGCAACACAGGGGAUAGGGGAAAUAUCACCAGAGGAGGAUGGUACUGCGGCGGUGGCGGCGGCGGAAAUGUUGGGUGACUUCCCAUCAAUCCCGGGCCAUCGCGACCCGGAAUCGUCAGCUUCGGCAGCGCGGAUCCCUUCAGAGUGCGAGCCAUCUGCUGCUGCUCCUGCUGUACGGUACCCAGAGAAGUCAUCGCCAAGUCCACCUUCUUCUGUACCUGAUCGAGGCGACCAGCUUGGUCGGAGAUCUUGUUGGUUAAGUCCGUGAGCUGCUCCUUCUGUUGGAAUAUUUAGGCCCAAUAGUGCAAAGGUCCACCAUGUAAAUCCAAAUAAUUCCAAUAAAAUCUCAAAGGUCCAUUAGUGCAAAGGUGCAUCGCAACAAUUUAGUCCUACCUUGCUAGUGGAGGUGGAGGAAAUCCAACUUAAAUAGUUGGAUGCUCUCCAUGCUCUUGCAAGUGUGGGUGAGAAAGAAGGAAGAACACGCGCGCGCUCGCUCGCCUCGCGGGGCUCGGGCUCGGGUGAAGGGGGCGCGCACGCGACAUGCGCGUGAAUGGUCCACCAAAAAUCCGAUCCAAUCCUUGCAGGAACGCGGCUUCCUUUUGCAGAUUUGUUUUGCCACUUCGAAUCUGUUACGGAUAUCACGCGCGGAAUUUUGGGACUCGUAACCGACUUGGUUUUUGGGACGCCAAAAACCCUAGCGGUUUCUUCCUAUAAAUACGCACGGGUGCCGGAUACAGAAGAUAGAGAACGCACAACGCACCUCACGCCUCAGCCUGCCUGCUGCGCCGCCGCGUGCGCUACUUCAUCCCGUUCGUCGGCGUGCACCGGCGAUCGGGAGAGCAGGUCUCCGGAACCUCAUCCUCAGUGAUCCUACACCGGGAGAGGGUGAAUAAGGUUUUUGGGAAGCGCUCUGCGCGACUGCUUGAACGCUUCCACAUCGCCGUCCUCUACGUCCUUGUCGCCACGGCUCGUCUUCCUCCUCGUCAGUGGGGUGCGAUUCGGCGUCGUCAAGCGCGCGGAGGUGCUGAUCGUCGCCGUCAUCCUCUUUACCCGGUUAUUCCGUUCAGCCUAGAGACGUACGGUUUUCUGUCCCUAACUACGUCUUUCAUACCUAGUAUGAUCUGGUUAGGAUUGAUCUUGCUGCUGCAAUAUUUUAUCUUGAAUCGCUUGAUCAGCGUGUUUACAUAUGUUCGUUUUCUAUACGCACUUUUCAUCAUGGUCAUGUUUUAUCUUCGGAUUAAUUUAAAACUAAAACUCUUAUUUAUUCCAUCAAUCCAAAAACCUUAUUAUAGAAAUUUUAGUUUCAUGGCUGGAUUUGUUGAUGCUUUGAGGCCCGAGAAGUUCUCUGGCGAGUACUUUAAGAGAUGGCAAACGAGAGUGAUUAUGUGGCUCUCUGCCAUGAACGUGCUGUGGGUGUCCAAGGGCAAACCUGAGGGGCCUCUUACCCCUGAGCAGGAGAAGGCGUUUACCGAGGCCAACACAGUUUUUGUGGGCGCUGUGAUCGGUACACUUGUAGAUCGUCUACAGGAUGUGUACCUUGAUCAUACAGACGCUAAAAAGUUGUGGGAUGCCCUGGAGGCUAACUAUGGCGGCACAGAUGCUGGCGCCGAGCUGUACAUUAUGGAGCAGUACCAUGACUACAAGAUGACCGAUGGGAAAUCUGUAGUCGAGCAGGCUCAUGAGAUACAGUGCAUGGCCAAGGAGCUUGAGCACCUCAAGAUCAACCUACCCGACAAGUUUGUGGCUGGUGGCAUCAUUGCCAAGUUGCCUCCUUCAUGGAGGGAUUUCGCCACUACGCUUAAACACAAGAGGAUGGAGAUAUCAGUGUCUGAUCUGAUAGCAUCCCUUGAUAUUGAGGAAAAAGCUCGGGCCAAGGAUGGGCGAUCUAAGGCUGCUGAGGGUCACACUAGUGCCAACAUAGUGCAGAAGUCUCAGGACAAAGGCAAGGGCAAGGGAAAAAAGACCAAGCCGCAGCGUACCAUUACUUUCAAGAAGAAGAAGUUCAAGGAAGAUCAAGGCUGUUUUGUGUGUGGAUCUACCGAUCAUUGGGCAAAGAAGUGCCCACACCGCAAAGGAAGGAAGUCUUCACCUGAGCAGAAGACUGCGAACAUGGUCACCAUGGCUGGAGUGGAAACCAGUGGACCGCUCGGGAUUCUACAGUGAUGAUGGGCAAUGGGUCGCAUGCUACUGUUCGUGGUGUUGGCACGGUUGAUCUGAAACUUACUUCGGGAAAGAUCGUGCAGCUGAAGAACGUGCAACAUGUUCCUACUAUCGGCAAGAAUCUAGUUAGUGGCUCCCUUUUGUGUAGGGAAGGUUUUAAAGUAGUGAUUGAGUCCAAUAAAUUUGUCGUAUCUGAGUGUGGAAAAUUUAUCAGUAAAGGCUAUGAGUGCGGAGGCUUGUUCCGUUUUUCAGUUUCAGAUUAUUGUAAUAAGUCCGUGAACUUAAUUUCUGAUGGUAUAAAUGAGAGU